UAUUUCAAUUUAUGAGGGCAGAAACAGUGCAUCUGUCAUUUGAUCACAGCAUUGUUCAACACCACGAUUUUAGUUCCCAUAAUUAGGACAAAUUUAGCUGUUCCUGGAAGGGAACGAGUAUUAUGUUGCAAGUUUGUGUAAAAUACACAAGGAUUUUGCAAAGUUAGAGUAUUAUUGGUCUAGACUAGUGGUUAUCAUGUGCAAUAUAGAAAGCGAAAGCACAGAAUGAAACCUACUGGGAAAAUCAAUGGAAAGAUUUAGAGUUAUCGUUUUGUGCACCUUCCUCUUGAUUUCCGAUGUAAAAAUCUCUGCCAUAUCGGACACUCUUGCUCCUGGCCAGUCCAUAAAAGAUGGAGAAUCUGUAGUUUCAGCCGAUGGAAGUUUUGGGCUGGGAUUUUUUAGCCCAGGAAGUUCAAGCAAUAGAUACUUGGGGAUAUGGUACAAUAAAAUAACCCCUGGAACUGUUGUUUGGGUGGCCAACAGAGAACAACCACUCUUGAAUCGGCUAGGAGUACUAAAUGUAACUGGUCAAGGAGUUCUCGUUCUGUUCAAUGGCACUAAUUAUGCUGUUUGGUCAUCUAAUGUCUCAAGAACUGCCCAGAACCCUGUUGUACAGCUCUUGGAUUCGGGAAAUCUUGCCGUGAAAGAUGGAAAUGACAACAACCCGGAUAACUUUUUGUGGCAAAGCUUUGAUUAUCCGAGUGAAACCUUACUUCCAGGCAUGAAGUGGGGAAAAAAUUUGGUGACUGGUCUUGAUAGGUAUAUAUCAUCUUGGAAGAGUGCAGAUGAUCCUGCUCGAGGUGAUUUUACAUUUCGGUUGGAUCCUCGCGGAUAUAACCAGAUGCUGCUUAUGAGGGGUCUUGAAAUUUUAUAUCGAACUGGCAUAUGGAACGGUUUCCGUUGGGGAGGAGUCCCCGAAACGAUAUCGAAUACUGUUUACGGAGAACAAUUUGUUUCAACUGCCACCGAGUCCUAUUACACGUUUGAUCUUCUAAACAGUUCAGUUCCAUCAAGGUUGGUGAUAAAUCCUUCGGGCACACCACAGCGUCUCACAUGGAUAACUCAAACUAAUCUUUGGGGAUCUUACUCUGUAGUGCAGAUUGAUCAGUGUGACACUUAUACCUUGUGUCGUGCCAACGGUAUUUGCAGCAACAGUAAUGGAGCCGUCUGUUCCUGCUUGGAAAGUUUCAUACCAAGAACUCCUGAGAGCUGGAAUAAACAAGAUUGGUCUGGUGGUUGUGUUAGACGAACUCAGCUUGGUUGUAAAAAUGGAGAUGGAUUUCUGCAGCUCACUGGUGUCAAAUUGCCAGACAUGUCUGAUUCCUGGGUGAAUACUAGCAUGAGCCUAGUUGAAUGUAGGAAUAUGUGCCUUUCAAACUGCUCGUGUGUGGCCUACGGAAAUUCAGAUAUUAGAAGAGGAGCAAGUGGCUGCUACCUUUGGUUUGAUGACCUCAGGGACACUAAACAUCUUCCGCUUGGUGGGCAGGAUCUCUACAUACGAAUGGCUGCUUCAGAACUAAGUAGUUAUGAAAAGAAAAGUUCGAGUAAGAGGAAGCGACGGAGGAUCAUUAUUGGCACACUGAUUUCUGCUGUGGUGUUGCUUGUAUUAGGAUUCAUGUUGUACAUGAGGAGAAGAAGGAAGACUAGACAAGCCUACACGUCAAGCAUCCGCAUUGAUAAUUUGAAGGAUGAGAGCGGCAGGAAGGAUGAUAUGGAGUUACCGGCAUUCGAUUUUAUUACUAUAAAGAAUGCCACAGAUUACUUUUCAUACAAUAACAAACUGGGAGAAGGUGGUUUUGGAUCUGUAUACAAGGGAACAUUGACCGAUGGACAAGAAAUAGCAGUGAAAAGGCUUUCAAAGAAUUCUGGACAGGGACUGAAAGAGUUCAAAAAUGAAGUUAUAUUGAUUGCCAAACUUCAGCACCGCAAUCUUGUAAAGCUUCUUGGUUGUUGCAUUGAAGGAGAUGAAAGAAUGUUAAUCUACGAGUACAUGCCAAAUAAAAGCUUGGACAACUUUAUAUUCGAUAAAAAAAGCAGAAACCUACUUGAUUGGCAAACACACAUGAACAUAAUUGGCGGCAUUGCAAGGGGGCUUCUUUAUCUUCACCAAGACUCCAGAUUGAGGAUUAUCCAUAGGGAUCUCAAAGCCAGCAAUGUGCUUCUAGACAAUUCUAUGAACCCAAAAAUAUCAGAUUUUGGCAUGGCUAGAAUAUUUGGGGGAGAUCAAAUAGAGGCCAAUACUAAUAGGAUCGUGGGAACCUAUGGCUAUAUCUCUCCCGAGUAUGCAGUCGAUGGGCUCUUCUCAAUCAAAUCUGACGUCUUUAGCUUUGGUGUUUUAGUACUCGAGAUAGUGAGUGGGAAGAAAAACAGAGGAUUUUACCACCCUGAUCACAACCACAACCUUCUUGGGCAUGCAUGGAAACUGUGGAAUGAAGGGAGGCCAUUGGAGCUGAUGAAUAUAACGAUUGAUGACUCUUCUUCUUUAUCUGAAAUCCUAAGACACAUUCAGGUUGGUCUUUUAUGCGUGCAACAACGACCCGAUGAUAGGCCAAGCAUGUCAACUGUGGUAGUAAUGUUGAGCAGUGAGAUUUCACUGCCUCAGCCAAAACAGCCUGGUUUUUACACAGAAAGAAAUUUUCCUGAACCGGAGACUUCAUCAAGCAGUAUUCGAUCAGCUUCUAGGAAUGACAUCAGCUUCACAGUGUUUGAACCGCGGUAGACAUUACUUGACAAAAAAAGGUUCUCCUCUAGAACACAUCCUUCCCUGUUGUAAUCUUCAACAAAACACUAAAUGUAUACAACUUCUCUUUUGCAGCAGCAAAAACAAAGGAUCGUUAUAUCGUCUUCCUGAAAGAAAUUCUCAUUUUAAUUGCUAUGAUCGAAGAACUAGUUCUAUUUGAUGCUAUGUACCUGGGGUUGGGGCAUAGCAACUGUAUCUUAGGCUUUGUUUCUUCUCCAGAGAUGGAACUGCAGAUUCUUUUCUGUGUUUUACUUCUUUUUUUAUUGAGCUUUUCAUUUGUAUACAGUAUAUUUUUUUUUCAGCAUAUGUAAAUAAUAUAUUCUUGGCUUAAGUUUGAGUUUUGGAAAUAA